AUGUUUUCACCCCUCGGCCUCUUCCACAGCACGCCCUGUCCCCUCCGUGGGUCUUGUGCUCGUCCAAACUGCCUCUUCUCGCACAGCCAGCACGUCAAGGAGAAGCAGAUAAUCAUCGCCUACGAUGAGCAGCCCGUCGCAGGCCCAUCCAGCAGUGCUGAGCCACGCCAGGUCGUCCCCGCAAAGCGUCCCGCUCUUAAUUCUCCAGCAGGUCUAUCUGCGUCACCGAGUACCGCACGUACCACACCUGUCUCAGCCGAACCGCCACGCAAGAUCGUGAAAACUGGUACAACAACUGCCAGACCGAUAGCACUGCCAGCACCCUCGACGACAGGGGCCCCCGUCCUCAGAGUCAACGCUGCUCAGUCUAAGGUCCCCGUCUCCACUCGACAGGCCCUACUCAAGUCGCUAUACGAACACUUCGUUAUCCUAUAUGACGCCAUUAUCCCCCUGCAGCCGUCCAUCGCAUCUGAACAUGCCCUCCGUCAAGAAGAGGAGGUCUACGCACGCACCACCAAAGCGACCUACCGCAACGCCGUCAUAUCAUCCAUCGCAUCCCUCAAAUCCCGCGCUCCCCCAACCUCCAUCUCCCACCCCUCCGUAGGCACCUCCUCCGACCUCGCCACGCGCGCCUCCGCCGCCAAAGCCCUCACCUCCCUCACUCUCACCCCCGCACACCUAGAGCCCCUCCUACUGACCCGUGAAGAACUCGUCCGUUGGGGCUACAUCAUCGACGUGCCGGAGGAAUGGGGCCCGGGCUCAGAUCGCCCGAGCGCGGUGGACACGAGGGUGAAAUGCGAGAGAUGCAACGUCGUGUAUGUCGUGAAACCUGUGGGCGAAGGAGGCGUCACGGGCGAGGAGUGCACGUUUCAUUGGGGGAGACCUUAUACCACGAAAGUGAACGGCGAAAAGCAUAGGAGAUAUAACUGCUGCUCACGGCUCACCUCCGAGAGCGAAGGCUGUUCCCGGGGACCACACGUCUUCUAUGAAGCCGAACACUCCGACCUGCAUGCGCGCCAUGCAUUCACGACGACCCGACCCGCAUCGGAUUCGGAGGACGACAAGGACAAGGACACGGCACUCGAUCUCGUCGCGCUCGACUGCGAGAUGGUGUACACGACGGGCGGGUUCCGUGUCGCUCGCGUGUCCGUCGUGGACGGCGAGGGGAGGAAAGUGUUUGAUGAGCUGGUGAAGAUGGACGACGGCGUCCAAGUCAUAGACUUCAACACCCGCUUCUCCGGCAUCUCCCCCGCAGACUACAUCUCCAACGCCGUCCUCACCCUCGACGCCGUCCGACUCUCCCUAGACGCCUACAUCAACGCGCACACGAUCCUCAUCGGCCACGCGCUCGAUAAUGACCUGAAGACGCUGAGGAUGAUGCAUUAUCGUUGUGUGGAUACCGCGAUUCUGUUCUUGCAUAGGAAUGGGUGGCCGUUUCGGAGGGCGUUGAGGGAUCUCACCCGAGAACACCUCGACCGCACCAUCCAAUCCGGAGGCGGAUCCUCCGGGCAUUCCUCCAUCGAAGACUCCAUCGCCACCCUCGAUCUCGUCAAGUUCUUUGUUUUGAACAAGAGGACGAAGCCGUUUAGUCUCGCUGGGGUGCCGCCGGAGUUGCGGGCUGGGGCGUCUGGUGCUGGUGAGAAAUUAGCAGCGUCUGGGUCUGGGUCGCAAGUACCAUCGGGGGCGGCAGCUGGGUCGCAAGUAUCAUCGGGGACGGGGGCGGGAGGGAGGAGUACGGGCGCGGUGGCGCCGGCGCAUGGUGUUAAAGCUACAGGGGAUGGAGAACCGAAGAAGAGGCAGCCGUUGUUCGACGAUACGUGGGGUUGAUGCACGUCUGGACAUAUGUACUGUACUUUCCCUGUCUUGAUUUACCACCGUGUUGUUUAUCCGUCCGUCCGUUCGUGGAGUCGUGGGGUCGUGGUCCCGCAUCGCUAUCGAGUUCGUUGUAC